GUCAGCUUUCCAAAGAUGCUCCUGCAAACCGUGCAAGCUUACUUUUCUUUUUCCAGAGGAGAAGACAGAGUCAAGAACCACCUUUUCUUCCUCCACUUCUUUUUUUGUCUUGCAUUUUUUGCAGAAACCGGUGGUUCGUUCGUGACUCCACUCCUCCACGAGUUUGAUUCUUCUUAUCGAUUAUUAUCGAUCGAAUUGAUUGCGGGCAAAAUUACGGGACGGGACGUUAUUUGGACAUAGCGGCGGACGAACAAGAAUUGAAACUUUGAACCCCUCAUGACCUAGUGAGACGAAACGAGUAUCGGUUACCUUACUUAUCCGUAGGGUUUGAGGUUACAUUAUUCACUUGCUUUAAUUGCACUCUGAAUUGCUUGUAAUCCUUUUUCGAAUCUCUCAAUUACAUCAACGAUUCUUCAAUUCCUCUUCUUCUCUUCACGCCAAAUUAAAAACUCCAGAAUAUCGCAAAGAUGGGUUGGUUUGACGGCGUCUCCGAAUCAGGUCGCUCCCACUCCUCAAAACGUCACUCUUCACAUUCGCAUUCCAGCAAAAAACGCCCUUCUUCCUCUCAUUCUUCCCAUCACAACAAUUCUUCUGGGCUUCUCGGAAGCGUUUUAGGAGGCACAUCUCCCAAAUCUCCCAAGUCACCCAAAUCCCCCAAAUCCCCCAAAUCAAGCCAUAGCCACCGAGAGCGUUCCAGAAGUCGUACGCGAGGCACCGACAGUAUUUUUGGCGACGGAGAUGCGAAACAUAAUUCUAGUCGGAGUAGUAUCUUCGGCGUCUCGCACUCCACAUCCCACUAUAAGCGUUCUCCUCGCCCCAACUACUUAAAGCGCAUCUAUGCCAAAUUGCGCGAACUCCUGCGCGAUCUCAUCUAUUACAUGAAGCGCCACCCGCUAAAAGUAUUCAUGCUCGUGAUCAUGCCUCUCAUAACAGGUGGUGCGCUAGCCGGAUUAUUGAAGAAAUUCGGGGUUAGGUUACCUGGCGGACUAGACAAGUUAAUUGGUGGCGGAAAGGGAAGGGGAAGUGGAGGAAGCGGAUUUUUGGGGGGCAAUAGAGGCAAUGGGACUUACGAGUAUGAGAGAAGUAGCGUAAAGAGCACUGGAGGCGCAAUGGAGAAAUUAGGGAUGCUGGCGGGCGGCAUGGAAGGAGUAGGAGGAGCGAUGAAGUUGGCGAAAUUAUUCAUCUGAUGUGGAGUCUGGAAUGAUUGCAAGUGGGAUGAGAGAUGGGUGGAAAUGACGUGAUGAGGAUAUCUUGAUCGGGUUGGAUUCGGCGUUGGAUGUUUGGAUUGAUGCAUUUCCUUUUGAUUUAUUCUCUUCUCGCGUUCCUUCUUUCCCAAAAGCCUGCAUUUUCAUGCGGACAUAGAUACCAUGAUUAGGGUGCGAUUGUGUGACUGGUCUUGAAUACAAAAGAUUUUGAAUACAGACGCAACAUCAUGCUGUGAUUAGAUAGGUAAAAUCUGUGAGUGGAUUCGGCUAUAAAGGAGGGAUCGCUCAGUUAUCUCUUCACAGACUCAGGGCAUAUAUUUUCGAGUGAGCUUAAUGAGCCCUAUAAGCUUCCCCUAAUGACAACUAUUUAACA